UUAAAAAAUUAUAAAAAGACAUCGAUAUAAUAUUAUCAUAUAGUGCAAUAAUAAGGAACUGUCUUUUCAAGUCGUGAUCAUUAAUUAGUGUGAUAAUCUAACAUUACAAUUGGAGAAAAUGGAGAGUGUAUUCCGUAUUAUCAUGCCAGUAUAUCAUGUCAUAUAUAUACAGGUAAUAAAUAUUCCAGUGGAUGUCACUAAGUGCGUAACACAACGUACCAGUAAUCGGUUAUUUUCAUCACGGGAUCGGUGUCGACUGAUAUAGAGCUGAAAUAUCGACUUUAUGUUCUUUAUCAUCACGUUUAAUGACUUUCACAAACUUAAUAUUUAAUAAUGUUUUGCAUACGUGACGCUUACGAGGAAGACAUUAGCGGAAGCGUCAUCGUUUUCCGUAUGCUCAGUGCACCUUUGUAAGAAUGAAGAAUAAAGUAGACUCGAGUGCACGUGAAUUUACCAGAUUGAUCGUAUAUGACAUUCAAAGAAUCGCGAUUAAUUUGGAUUCAGAGCAAUUGGAAAGAUAAAUAUCGAUAAGACGACACGGACAUCUCUUGAAAUAUCUAUGAAUGAUAGACGCGUAAAACAUUUUGACAAAUAUAUUUUUUCAAAUGUGCAAAUUAAAUCUUCACGCGGAUAUCUCAUAAAGGCACACAUUAUAUUAAAAAGAAGAUCGAAUUAAAAUAUAAUAAAAUAUAUUUUUAAAAAAUUCUACAAAAUACAUAAAAUGAAAGAUGUAAAUAUAAUAAGUUGCUUUGCUCAUAAUGGAGAAGAGAAGCAGAUAUCAACUUUAGAUUAAAAUAUGGAAGAAAAUAGUCAUUGCAAAAAUGUCGCCGGUUCGAUUGAAAAUUUAGUCUUCAUGGAUGUCAAUAAAAUUUCCAAUUUCUUUAAAAAACCGAAUAAAGAGAAUAUUGUCACGGAGAAAAUUAAUAAGCAGAAAGUGAACAAGAUAACAUCAGAGCCACGUAAAAAUUCAUUUUGGUUGCUUAGGAUAGCAAUAAUAUUUUUCAAGCUCCUCGGUCUCGCCACAUUCGCUCACCGUGUCGUCACGCAGAAAAACAAGAUAUCGUGCAUAUUUCAAUAUUCCGAAUUCGGGAUCGUCUACAAUGUCGUAAUCGGUAGCUUGAUGAUCGCCUCGAAUUAUGUGUCGAUACCGUUCAGAGUCAAUAUGCAAUACGAGAACAAGACAAACUUGACCGUAGGCAUAGAGAUUCUGCAAACUGUACUUGGCACCUUGGUGAUCUGCGCGAUUUUGCUCAGCUACUGCAUCGAUCAGAGAUCCUUGGUGAGAAUCGCCAAUCGAUUGAUGAAUGUCGAGCACGAGAUGGAUCGUUUGUACCGUUUGUAUUCGCCGCUGCGGCGACAACGUGUCCUCGGUACUCAGAUCAUCGCCUGCGUCUUGAAGAUCUGCCUGCUGAUCUUCCUCUUGACCACCGAGGUCAUGGCUUUCCACGCGAGCCCAGUCUCUUGGUUAACGGAUAUCGUGCCGACAUUUCACGUGGGCUGGCUGUUGAUACAAUACUUCUUGUUGGUUACAGUCAUCCAGGCGGACUUCGACGACGUGAAUCGAGCGAUACAGAGUCUGUCCAGGACCAACACGCCUGACAUUCGGCCGCAGUCUCUCUAUCAAACGCGUCGCAUCGUAGUCAGCAAUUCCACGGUUCAUCAACUGCUGCAGCUGCGGGAUAUGCACUCUCACCUCUGUGAGAUCUCCGAGAACGUGUCAGACUUUUAUUCACUGCCAGUGCUGUGCGCCAUCACUUUUCUCUUCCUGACGCUCAUAUAUAACGGCUACUAUCUUAUCUCACCUCUGUUGAUGGCCGACGAGAUUUUAAAGUACGAGGUUCUCAGUAAUACCAUCUUCUGGUUAAUAUUUCUUAUUUAUCCUAUUUCUCUCCUCGCCAACCGAAUUACCAAGAUUUUGAACGAGAUAAGAAAAACGGGCAACGUGGUGCACAGUCUUUUAAGCUGCGCGAUCGGCAAAGAGACAAAAUCAGAGCUUAAGCAAUUCUCUCUUCAACUGUUACAUCGCAAGAUACAAUUCACAGCUAACGGAUACUUCGUGCUUGAUAACACUUUCCUUCAUUCGUUAAUCGGCACAGUGGUAACGUAUUUAGUGAUACUCGUGCAAUUUCAAAUGGGAAGUUCAUGUUCAUCAAGAUCACAUUGUAACUAUACACGAGAAUAAGAUUUAUUAAAAGCAAAAUAAUAAAUAGAAAAUAAGAAAGCA